AUGAAGGUCUCUUCUGCCAUCGCUUUUUUCUCACUCCUGGCUUCUGGUCAAGCCACCGGAGCGUACUGGGGUUCCGAUGAGUGUUACUCUAGCCCAGGAAGAUCACCCAACAAGUGUAAUGACUAUCAGAAAGACGGCUUCAGCUGGUCUGAUCUUGCUGCCGGUUCUUUCUCUGACUAUGGUGGCUUCUCAUUCUCUGGUUUCACAUGUGGCAAUGGCUUUGGUUCCAGCCUUGGCAAGCGCGGUACCCAGAAAUGUAUUUCCGGUACGGUUUCCAAAGGCAGCUCCUCCAGCUCUUCUAGCUCCGCCAGCUCGGGCUCUUCGGCCCCUUCGUUUUCCUGCGGCUCAGAGGAGACUGGCUUCUCCGUGACAAACUUCCACGUUGCCACCGAGAAGGACACUGAAUUGCACAUCAUCUACACCAUGUCUGAUGGCUCGACUUGCAAGAACACAGCAUCCUGCAACUCAGGCGGUACCACGGUGACCAACGACCAGUGUGGUGGUGCCAAGACUGUCCACUUUGAGCUGCCUGAUGACAGUGAGCACGAGAGCUGCGGCUUCGGGAUUUACAGCGUUGGGUUUGACUGCACUCCUGGCUCCACUAGCACUGCGCCGGCGGCUGCCAGCUCCAUUCCUGCCACAUCGGAUGUUGUGCAUUCUGUCUCCGUUCCCAGCUCUUCGGCCUUGCCUGUGACUACCCCCGCUGCGAGCACUCCUGCUGUGAGCACUCCGGUGCAGAUGACAACCUCGACUGUCUACACCACCAGCGAGAUCACCAUAACCAGCUGCGCGGCUAGUGUCACUGAUUGCCCGGCUAAUUCCAUCACCGUCGUGACUUCGACUAUCGCUAUCUCGACUACUGUCUGCCCCGUCACCGAGACUUCCGCCGCUGCAACCUCCUCGUCCUUGCCUGCAGUACCCAGCCCUAGCAGCGUCCUGCCUGUUGCAUCGACGACUGCAUCACCUUUGUCCAGCGAGACCCCGGCCGGAGCAUCAUCCUCAGUCUGGGCCUCCUCGUCCGCUUGGUCUUCUUCUGCUAGUGAAAUUCCAGGAGAAUCAUCCUCUGUUUGGGGUUCAUCAUCUGCUUCGUCUUCUUCUGCUAGUGAGACUCCUGCUGAAACACCUGCACCCUCAACAUCAGCUAUCGCCACUCCUACUCAGUUUACUACCUCGACUGUGUACACUACAAGCGAGAUCACCAUCACUAGCUGUGCUGCUAGCAUUACUGACUGCCCGGCUGAUUCAACCACCGUCGUCACUUCGACCAUCGCUAUCUCGACCACUGUCUGCCCCGUCACCGAGACUACCGCCGCUGUAAGCUCCUCGUCCUUGCCUGCAGUACCUAGCCCCAGUAGCGUCCUGCCUGUUGGAUCGACGAUUGCAUCGCCUUCACCCAGUGAGACCCCGGCCGGGGCAUCGUCCUCGGUCUGGGUCUCCUCGUCCGCUUGGUCUUCAUCCGCCAGCGAGACACCUGCUGGAACAGGAACACCUGCACCUUCGACUCCAGCCAUCACCACACCUGCCCAGUUUACUACCUCGACUGUGUAUACCACAAGCGAGAUUACCAUCACUAGCUGUGCUGCUAGCAUUACUGACUGCCCGGCUGAUUCAACCACCGUCGUCACUUCGACCAUCGCUAUCUCGACUACUGUGUGCCCUGUCACUGAGACUACCACUGCUGCUACAGGUACUUCGUCUUUGCCCGGAGUCCCAAGCCCCAGCAGCGUCCUGCCUGUUGGAUCGACGAUUGCAUCGCCUUCACCAAGUGAUACCUCAGUCGGAGCAUCAUCCUCAAUUUGGGCCUCUUCGUCUUCUUGGUCAUACUCUGCUAGUGAAACUCCUGCACCGUCAUCUCCCGCAGGGACUCCCUCCGCUCCUGGCGAAACGAUAACAACUGUCGUGACCUAUGAGACUGUGACCACAUGCCCAGUGACUGACACUGUGACUUCCGGCUCUUCUACCUUUGUGACUACAUCACAGACCGUCUCUACAGUCACUUUGACUUCGACCGCUACUGUCUGCACUGCAUGCUCUGCUACUGCCACUUCUGUUGCUGGACAGAGCACUGCCAAUCCAUCUGGACCUGGUGAGACUUCUACCUCGGUUCCAUCUAGCACUCCUGAGGGUUCCAGUCCUGUCUCGUCUGCGACAGGAGAGGCUUCCAGUCCAGUUCCCAGUAGCCCCGCUGUCUCCAGCUCUGUGGGCUCCAGCGUUAAUGCCGGGUCCACAACUGCGGUGCCUCAGGGUACGACUGACACCGUUGUGACUUACGUGACUGUUACCACAUGCCCUGUCACCAACACCGUUACCUCUGGGUCGUCAACUUUCCUCACAACUUCCAGCACGGUUUCAACUGUCACAUUGACGUCCACCAACACGCCCUACUAUCCUAGCUCUGUCGGCGCCGCCAGUACUGUUUCCCCUUCUGAGACUGGAUAUGCUACCAGCCCGGCCCCUACCGGCCCCGCCGUCACCAGUGCUGUUGGCUCCAGUGUCGGUGUUACUUCUACCACCGCUGUGCCCGAGGAUUUGACCACUACUGUUGUGACUUAUGUGACCGAGACCACCUGCCCUGUCACUCAUACUAUCACUUCUGAUUCAUCAACCUAUGUGACUACCUCCAACACUGUGUCUACAGUCACCCUGACCUCCGUCUCGACUAUCUGCACCAAGUGUGCUGCCACAUCUGCUGUAGCCACCGGAACUUCCCCGGCAUCAAGCUCGAGCCCCGCUCCCUCAUCCUCUUGCCCUAAGACCGUUCCGCAGUGUAUCAACACCUGGCUCAGCCUCGUCCCCAAGUGCACUUCCAACAGCGAUGCUUCCUGCUUCUGCCCCAACAGCGAGUUCACCACAAAGGUCAUCUCUUGCAUCCAGGCCUGGGGUGCGUCCAAGGACCAGGUCCAGUCUGCUCUCUCUUACUUUACUGGUAUCUGCGCCGCCUGGGUUCCCCAGAACCCCGGCAUCGUGACCGCAAUCCCCUCUACCAUCACCUUGGUCCCAACCGUCGCUCCCUCAGUUCAACCCUCCGGCGUCGCAGCCGUCACUGGAACCGGCGCCGUCAUCACCGGUAGCACCGUGGCCUCUGUCACUCCCGCCCCUGUAAUCCCCUGCACCACAAUCACUUACUCGACCUACACCGUCACCGUGCCUCAGGUCAGCUUCGUGACCGGAUCUGGCACCGCCGAAGGUGCAAGCACAACUGUUGGUCUGGUUCCCGCCGGUCCCAGCGGUGCCUCCCCAGCGAACACCGGGAAGGUUCCCGUUCCCGCCUCGGCGACCUUUGUGACCGCUUCAAGCGGCUACGCAUCUCAUUCCGCGACACACUCGCCGAGUGCUAGCUCGUCACCGAUCUUCAACUCCGCGUCGAGCUUGUCUGUCGCUUCCAGCCUGGUGCUGGCUUCUCUAGCUGCUUUCUUCAGCUUGAUGAUGUAA